CCUCUGGCCAAUGCCGGGUUCCUCCUCCUGCUGGCGCAGAGCUGCACCUACCUCAGGGACUAUAUAAGGGCGGUGCUUGAGCUGUGGGCAUUGUCAGAUCCCCAGCACCUCCCAGGCAGCGAGGAACGGGGAGGCAGCGAGCACCACUAUUAUUCUUCCUUGCCCAUCUCUGUGGAAACAAGCUCUGAGAGGAGUCAGGAUUGGCCUCUGUCCUGUGUUGUAGCCUCACCAUGGAGCAGCUGAGCUCGGCCAACACCCGGUUCGCAGUGGACCUCUUCCGCACCCUGAAGGACAGCAACCCCUCUGGGAACAUCUUCAUCUCCCCCAUGAGCAUUUCCUCAGCGCUGGCCAUGGUCUUUCUGGGGGCCAGAGGCACUACCGAGGCACAGAUGUCCAAGACUCUUCACUUCGAUGCAGUUAAGGAGAUUCAUUCAAGUUUUCAGAGUCUGAAUGCUGAUAUCAACAAGCGCGGAGCUCCCUAUAUUCUGAAACUUGCUAAUAGGUUAUAUGGAGAGAAAACCUAUGAGUUCCUCCCGGAGUUCUUAGCUUCAACCCAGAAAAUGUAUGGUGCUGAACUGGCCAGUGUAGAUUUUCAGCGAGCUUCUGAAGGUGCAAGAAAGGUGAUAAACGAGUGGGUCAAAGGGCAGACUGAAGGGAAAAUUCCAGAAUUGUUGGCUGCAGGCAUGGUUGAUGAUAUGACCAAACUUGUGCUAGUUAAUGCCAUCUAUUUCAAAGGAAACUGGCAGGAGAAAUUCAGUAAAGAGGCCACAACCGAUACUCCUUUCAGAUUGAAUAAGGUGAGGUGAUGUAAUUAUA